GAGUCCGCUAAACACCACUCUAUUAUUGCUGGCGAAAUAAUGGAAGUUUUUAAAGUUAAUGCAGCAGCCGCUACGAGAAACUAUACCGUCACACCGAGAAUUGAUUAUCGAACUGUAGCUAGCGUAAAUUGGCCGCUCGUAAUUUUAGACCAUGUUAAGUUUCCUAAAUAUGCAGAGAUUGUAAACUUGACAUUACCUGAUGGCAGUUGUCGUGCUGGUCAGAUUUUGGAAAUUCAAGGCAAGAGAGCGAUUGUUCAGGUGUUUGAAGGCACAUCAGGUGUUGAUUCCAAAGCAACUCAUGUCGAAUUUACUGGUGAUACCCUAAAGAUUCCCGUAUCGGAAGACAUGUUAGGUCGUAUUUUUAAUGGAUCCGGGAAAGCUAUUGAUAAAGGUCCAAAAGUAUUCGCAGAAGAUUUUUUAGAUAUCAAUGGGUCUCCAAUAAAUCCAAUUUCACGUAUCUAUCCGGAAGAAAUGAUUCAAACUGGUAUAUCAGCCAUAGAUACAAUGAAUUCUAUAGCGCGUGGUCAAAAAAUUCCAAUCUUCUCUGCUGCUGGACUACCGCAUAAUGAGAUCGCUGCGCAAAUAUGCCGCCAAGCUGGUCUCGUUAAAAAAGUCGACAAGGGUGUGUUUGAUGAUCAUGAAGACAAUUUCUCUAUUGUAUUUGCGGCUAUGGGUGUGAAUAUGGAAACAGCUCGUUUCUUUAAACAAGAUUUUGAAGAGAAUGGCUCUAUAGAGCGUGUCACAUUAUUCUUGAACCUGGCUAAUGAUCCCACCAUUGAACGUAUUAUUACUCCACGGUUGGCUCUUACUACUGCCGAAUAUUAUGCGUAUCAACUCGAGAAGCACGUUUUGGUCAUUUUAACUGAUAUGAGUUCAUACGCAGAUGCUUUACGUGAGGUUUCCGCCGCACGUGAAGAAGUACCUGGUCGUCGUGGAUAUCCUGGAUAUAUGUAUACUGAUUUAUCUACUAUAUAUGAACGUGCAGGUCGUGUUGUAGGAAGAAACGGUAAUAUUACCCAUCCUAUUCCUGAUCUGACAGGAUAUAUUACAGAGGGUCAAAUCUUCAUUGACCGUCAAUUACAUAAUCGUCAAAUUUAUCCACCAAUUAAUGUUUUGCCAUCUCUUUCUCGAUUGAUGAAAUCUGCAAUUGGCGAAGGUAUGACAAGAAAGGAUCAUGGUGACGUUUCUAACCAGCUUUAUGCUAAGUAUGCCAUUGGUAGAGAUGCUGCCGCUAUGAAGGCA